AUGGCUAGCAGACCUCGGGUCCUCCCAUUCUCCGGCGAUGACGGCGCGUAUAAUCACUACCUGGAACAAUUUUUCCUAACGGUCAAAGCUCGUUACCCAAGUGCCUUCAAGGAGACAUGCUGUUUAAUCCCCGCACCCUCUUUCCUAGCUACCAACGAGGAGCAGGAGAACAGUUCGCUCCAGGUUUGUCAUUACGACCCAACUCCGCCGCCACUCACCCAUGACGCUCCUCGCGUAACUCAAAGAGCUACACGACUCCUAGAGAGGAUACCGCGAACCGAAAAAGAUUGGCAGAUAGCCCGGCAUCAACUUGGGUUUGAGAAUGAACAGCAGAUUCUAUCAUCCCUUUCAAAGAUUCGAGGCUGUGCUUGGCGCUUCAAACAACAUGAACUUAAGGAUCAUUCGAUAUCUGCUCUUGGAGAACAGGCGACCGCCUUUACGCAGGAGCUGUCUGCCUUGUCAGGUUUUGUUACUUUGAUAUCAUUUCUAUUCUUUGUGACUUGCUGCUUUGAGGAGAGCAUUGGCGCAGACAGGUCUAAAGUUGACGCUGCUAUGAAAAACUUUAUUAGUGCCCAAAAAGACAGCAAAUUGGGGGAGGAAACAAGGUUCUUGAGAAAGGUCCGGGCAGGAACGCUGAAAGUAGUGGCACUAAUUGAUCGCCUUUAUGAGAAACUUGGGCAUCGUGCCUUCGAACUUCUCUUUUAUCUAAAACUAUAUCCUACCGUUCUUUGUCAUCUGACCAACAGCGAUGUUGAUUAUAUUAUAUCUUCUGUCGACGCUUGGGACCCCACACAAGAAGUACAAGCCCGCACGCCUUUAUACGUAGUGUUUCUGCUGCAGCUGUGGCGGCCAAAUAAAUCCUCCGAGGACGAAGGCAACCUCCACAUAUCCCUUAAGAGGAAGCGAAACGAAACCAGUCCUGCGACUAGCUAUCAAAACAUUGAGCUGGACUCACCCAGCAGUAGACCACGACCGUUAGACCCUUCGUCAACAAUUAGCUCUGACCGCUCGCCAUCUUACUUCCCCAACUCUAUUAUCAGCGUGGACACAAAUUCCACGACGUUAUCAGAUGGACACCCUUUGUCCCCUAGUCAAGGUCCUAUGCUAUGCUAUGAUACUGGGAUCGAAGAGGAAGCUAGGAAUAUUACAAGCCUUAGCCUAAGCAAAAAUGCACUUGAAACUGGAACACUUCCCAGUCAGGAUAGGGACGAGCCCGAUGACUGGAUUCGCGGAACAGAGGUCGAACUUAUCGGGCCAAAUGCAACAGAAGAGUUUUACGCUGCAUAG